AUGUCUCGAUUGAUAUUGAUACGGCCAAUUCAUCAUUCUUCUUUGAUUAAUUUGGAAACGCAGAAUGCGUUCAUGAAAUCUACCGCUACAAACAAAGUAUUUCAUAUAUUGAAGGACGCUAUACGAUCAAAUAAAUUGAUCUUUACAGAUGAUCUGGCGAAGAUAUCUCGAGGUUUGAAUUCGCCUGACACAUUGCCAUUAACAUUAUCCUCCAAACAAAUAAUUUGUAAAGGAGAUCCACAAGUAUCCAGUCAUUUUUUCAAACUAUGGUAUCGAAUAUUGAAGUUUCAAACUAACCGCCUCAAGACAACAAUUAAAACAUUCUACCGUCUUCAAAAGACGUCUAAGCCCUUGAAAAAUGCAAAAAUAUUGCAGGCUUUGGAUCUCCCAACUCCUGCAUUUCAGAUAUCGAGAAGAGAGGUCGUGGAAAGUCACAGGCUAAGAAUCGUAAAAAGUAAAUUACCUCAGUUACUGCUCUUAACAUUAAUUUUUGAAGAAAUGAUAAUUCCCAUCUUCCACUUCUUUCCAAAAUUAGGAAUCAGACCUCUACUGACAACAAGAGCCCUUCGACAAUUGAGCAAGUCAUACAGCUUCGAGAAGAGAGUCAUAAAAAAUGAUAAUUUUGCCAUGUCGCCGUAUCAUCUAAAGACAGGAGAACUGGAAGCAUUGUUAAAGACGCUUUUUUCUUGUCCCGUACCAAAUUGGAGAAUUACACUUUGGUCCAAGUUAAAUAUCAAAUGGCGACUGGCUGAGGUUCUGACUGACAUUCAUCAGUUUCUAAUUGUUGAUGAUUGGUUAUUACUAAAGGAUAUCACUAAUGAAUCAAAGGAAAUCUCCAGCAUUUCCUUCAAUGAGCUCGUAAAUUUUGUAUUAGAACGACAGUUAUUUUACAACGGAGAGGAUUUGAACGCUAUGGUUCAUUCAGAGGAUGGUAGAAAUGUUUUAAUCUGGAGGCUUAUAUGCUACCUUUCCUUCAAGUUUGAUCAGGUGGGGAGUAGCUCUUUCACUGAAAAAUGGGGUGUAAAUAAUGUGUCUAUACUGAAUUUUCCUGGUACCAAAAUAUCUACUGACAAAAUAGGUCUAGUAACUAAACAACAUUUGAAGUAUUUCUAA